AUGGCGGAGGCCAACGCUCUUGAGGAGCUCCAGUCCGAGCUCACCUGCCCCGUGUGCCUGGAGCUGUUCCGGGACCCUGUCAUCCUCGAGUGCGGUCACCACUUCUGCCAGAAGUGCAUCAUCCAGUGCUGGGAGGUCAAGAGCGAAGAGCUGACCAACUGCCCCAAGUGCAGAAAGGCCUGUGCGCGCAAGCUGCGCCCCAACUCCCUGCUGUGUAACGUGGUGGACAGCGUGCGCCGUGCGCGCGUCAUGGACGUCUCUGACUGUCCCGCGGCCUGGGACCCCGAACACCAGCACGACAUCUGCGAGGAGCGUGAGCCCGGCUCCAGCAUGAGCAGUGUGACCUCGUCCAUCUCACACUGGCCCCGGAUGUGCGAGGACAUGUGCGAGGAGCACGAAGAGAAGCUGAAGCUGUACUGUGAAGAUGACCAGCUGCCCAUCUGCCUGGUAUGCGGCAUGUCCCGGGACCACAAGACCCACAACGUCAUCCCCAUCAACGAAGCCUUUGAAAACUACAGGGUAUUGCCUUUCAGACGCUUUCUAACUUGUAGAAAGAAUGCAUUAACGUAA